AUGGCCAGCUUGUGGCGAGCUGUAAUCGGCGGCCAAAGCAACAAUUCCGACGACUACGGAGGCGUCGAGUUCUGGUCCAACCCGGAAAGAACAGGCUGGCUCACGAAACAGGGAGAGUACAUCAAGACGUGGAGACGCCGAUGGUUCGUGCUGAAACAAGGGAAGCUCUUCUGGUUCAAGGACUCCGACGUCACGCGCUUGUCACGCCCCCGCGGCGUCGUCCCCGUCGCGUCGUGCCUUACCGUCAAGGGAGCAGAGGAUAUCCUCAACAAGCAAUACGCGUUCGAGGUUUCGAUGAGCGGAGAGACCAUGUACUUCAUCGCCGAUACGGAGAAUGAGAAAGAAGACUGGAUCAAUUCGAUCGGACGUUGCAUCGUGCAGCAUUCGAGAUCCGUCACCGAUUCCGAGAUCUUCGAUUAUGAUAACAAACGUUAA